GUACAGUGGAUCAUUGUGUUGUAUAUUUUGGUGUAAGAUAGACCUUCAGUUUUAUUCGAUUUUCCCUCAUUUUCUCCCCUGAUUUUCCUCAAAAGUUAUUGGAAAAACACUAGAGAACAAUGUUACGCGUGUCUCAAUCAUUUCUGCGACGAGUUCGUGGGCCAGCAGCUCAGGAGAUGCGAAGAUGUCUGGCUGCGACACCUCAGGUGAAAGUCGAGGAGGGACGUCCAGAGCCCCAGACGACAACCAAGAACUACUCCUUCAUUUCCAACAUUUUCCGAGGAGAACUGGAAGCCUCUCAACUGUUUCCUUAUCCCAAUGUCCUGAACGAGGAGCAGACUGAGCACAUCGCUAGCUUCAUCGAUCCGGUGACAAAGUUCAUGACAGAGGUGAAUGACGCUGCGAAGAAUGACGAUCGAGCUAGCUUGGAUGAUGCCACAGCCGAUGGAUUCUGGGAUUUGGGGGCUUUCGCCCUUCAGGUGCCCGCUGAAAUGGGUGGUCUGGGCCUCAACAAUACGCAGUAUGCCAGGAUGUGCGAGGUCAUGGGAGCCUACGAUUUGGGAGCAGGCAUUGUCCUGGGAGCACAUCAGUCCAUUGGAUUCAAGGGUAUUUUGCUGUACGGAACGAAAGAGCAGAAGGAGAAGUAUCUUCCGCAAGUGUCCACGGGGAAGGUUUAUGCCGCCUUCUGCCUCACUGAACCCUCUUCCGGCUCAGACGCUGGAUCCAUUCGAUGUCGCGCCGUGAAGUCUCCUGAUGGACGUCAUUUCAUCCUCAAUGGCUCGAAGAUUUGGAUCUCCAACGGAGGCGUUGCUGAUCUCCUGACUGUUUUCGCACAGACUGAAGUGGAUGACCCGAAGACUGGCAAGAAAAAGGACAAAGUUACGGCUUUCAUUGUGGAGAGAGGAUUCGGAGGUGUCACGAACGGCCCUCCGGAAUCCAAAAUGGGUAUUAAAGCCUCAAAUACAGCCGAAAUCUUCUUCGAGGACGUGAAAAUCCCUGUGGAGAAUGUAAUUGGCGAGGUGGGAAAUGGCUUCAAGGUGGCGAUGAACAUACUUAAUAACGGUCGUUUCGGGAUGUCAGCAACGCUCUCCGGAACGAUGAGAGCUUGCAUCGAGAAGGCCACUGAACACGCCACUCAGAGAGUGCAAUUCGGGCAGAAGAUUAGCGAAUACAAGGGCAUCCAAGAGAAGCUGGCCAGAAUGUCGAUGCUCCAUUUCGCUGCUCAGUCGAUGGCUUACAUGAUAUCUGGCAAUAUGGAUUCUGGAAGUGUGGAUUAUCACCUCGAGGCGGCUAUCUCGAAGGUUUUCGCCUCUGAAGCUGCCUGGUAUGUGUGUGAUGAGUCAAUUCAAAUCCUCGGCGGAAUGGGCUUUAUGAAAUCCGCUGGACUGGAGAGAGUCCUCAGAGAUUUGAGAAUCUUCCGCAUCUUCGAGGGCACAAAUGAUAUUUUGCGGCUGUUCGUGGCUCUAACUGGAAUCCAGUAUGCCGGAUCACAUCUGAAGGAGCUUCAGCGCGCCUUCAAGAAUCCCGCUGCCAAUCUGGGUCUGAUUAUGCAAGAGUCUUCACGACGGGCCAUCCGCUCUCUCGGCUUCGGUGGCAUCGAUCUCAGUGGCUACGUUCAUCCGAAACUCCAGCCCGCCGCUAAGAAUGUGGCUGAGUGUAUAACUCUCUUUGGACAAACUGUGGAGUCACUGUUGAUAAAGUACGGCAAGAACAUCGUGGAGGAGCAGUUUGUUCUCAAUCGCCUGGCGGAUGCUGCCAUAGAUAUUUAUGCAAUGAGCGUGAUUCUUUCCCGUGUGAGUCGAAGUCUGAGUCAGGAGCUUCCUUCGGCGGAUCAGGAGCUUCUCAUGGCCGAUUGCUGGUCCGUGGAAGGUUCGGAGAGGGUGAAGAGCAACCUCAGGAAGACUAGCGCCAGCGCCUUCCUCGAGAUGUACGGAAAGAUGAGUCAGCAGGCCAAAAAUAUCUGUUCUGCAGGAGGAAUCGCUCAUACAAAUCCCUACAACAUUUCGUGAGGCUCUUCAGAACCUGUUUUUUACUUAACGUAUUCACAGCUCUCCUCGAACCCGCCAGUCCUCCAGAAUUUCCGUAAUGUAAAUACAUCCUUUCCCCCAGAGAGUGUCGGCUACAUUUCAAACAGUUUGUGAUACCCAUGCAACAAAUAAUACACCCUUCAAUCCAGGAAGAGGCGAACCAUUAAAUUAAAUUAAAGCAACACA